AUGGGCCCUAUCUCAUCAACACAAGCAGGAAUCAAAUCCUACAAAAGGGUGGAGGAGAUUGCUCCCAAUGGUGGGGAGCAAAGGAAGAAGAACAUCGACCUUCACAUGGAGAUCAUUAAAGCCAAGAAUGUGACGUGUGAGCGGCAAGUGAAUAAGCCCACCCUCAGACCACACGAUGAGGUGAUCCGGGCCAUUGAGGGCCAUGGGCUACACUUUUGGUACCAAGCGGUGGAGG